AUGCCGCCGGAAGAGCAGCUCUCGCUCGAGGAAGUCGAGCGGAAUGCUCGCCGGACAAACGCCGCGAGGCGCAAGGCUGGUCGCGAGGAGAAGGAGUCGACGGAGGCCCAAGAUCAGCCGGAUUCGGAGCCGGCGGCCCAGGAUGCGCACCACGUGUCCCUGGGUGCUGCCACCCCGGAUGACGAAGAGAAGGUCCCCCCGAGUGGCUCGGAAGUGAACUCCACCCCGGACUCGGAGGUGGAAGUUGUGGGCGUGUCCAUUCCGGAUGUGCCCGCCCAGGCGUCUGUGGGAGGCACCGUGAAGGUUGAGUCGUCGGCCGUGGAUAAACCUUCGGGAACGUCCCGGCCGGCCCAAGAUGUGAUCGUGCCGGACGACGACUCGGAUGAGUCCCUCACUCAGGCGCGCAUGAUCAAGGAGGAGAGUCCGCUGCUGGCCGUCCAGGAAGGUCCGGUACCCAGCUUGCUGAACGCGACUUCGCGGUUGAGAUCAUCCGUAUCGAUCGUGCCUCCAGAAGGGCUGCCCAGGGUGGCGCUGACGAGCGGCUCCCGGAUGGUUUUUGACUUUACUGAUCCGGGUGACGAAUCCAGAAUCCCGAUGACCGCCCAAGCUGAUGCUUCUCGGAUUCCCGAAGUGCGGAGCGUUCCAGCCGUCGAUACAUUAUUCCCUGCAUCACCAGUGCCAGUAGCCCCGGACGAUGUCGUUAUGUCGGAGUCUGGCCGCACCGGGGCGCAGGUCGAAGAUGUCCCGGAGGCAAGCCCGCUCCAGAAGGUCAAGCCCAAGCAGCUCCUCUAG